AUGUUGCUUCCAAAUGGGUUUGAGAUCUUGGCAUUCCCUUGCAACCAGUUUCUGUACCAGGAGCCCGGCACAAGUCAAGAGGCUCAUGAAUUUGCUUGUACACGGUUUCAGGCCGAAUACCCUGUUUUCCAAAAGGUACGCGUAAACGGUGAAAACGCAGCACCACUCUACAAAUUCCUUAAGGCAAAUAAACCCACUUUUCUGGGUUCUAGAGUUAAGUGGAACUUCACCAAGUUCUUGGUCGGCAAAGAUGGCCUAGUUAUUGAUCGUUACGGCCCCAUGGUUACGCUAUCAAUCGAGAAAGACAUCAAGAAAGCUCUUGAAGAGGCUUGA